AUGUCCUUAUCUAUAGCCAAUACUCGUGACGCCCAGUGCUCCGGCUUUAGCAAUGCAGGUGUCAUGAAUACUUUAGUAACUCUGCUUGUUCAGUCCCUAUACACCGCCCAAUGUGACUUGGGACAUGAGGAGGAAUAUUCAGUGGAUUAUGGUGAUGAGGCCAUGGCCCGUUCAGCUUCUUUAAAUUUUGAUUUUGUGGUAAUUGGAGCAGGUUCGGCAGGAUCCGUGGUGGCCAGUCGUCUUAGUGAAAAUCCCCAAUGGAGAGUUUUGCUGCUGGAGGCUGGAGACAAUCCCAUGCAUGAAUCAGAGGUGCCCAGGUUAUUUCUUAGCCAGCAGCAAAAUAAAAUUUACUCCUAUCUCACCGAACCCACGGAUAGAGCUUGCAAUGCCUACAACUCUAAUAGAUGUCAUUGGGUACAGGGCAAAGGCAUGGGUGGAACUGGAGCCAUUAACGGUCUUUUAUAUAUGAAAGGCUUGCGCCAGGAUUAUGACAAUUGGCUGCGAAUGGGCAACACUGGCUGGGGUUAUGAUGAUGUGAGGCCCUAUUUGGAGAAAGCUACACGGCCCCAGGGCAACAGCAGCCAUCCUCUGGGCUAUGUGGUGGUGCAGGACUUUGAACACAGUGAUGAGGAUAUUGUGCAGGCCAUUCUUCAGGCAGCCAAGGAGUUGCAUCAACCAACAGUGGAUGUUCUAAAUGAAAAUACCCCCCUGGGUUAUGGUGUGGUCCAAGGCACCGUCAGCAAAGGUCGCCGCACCGGCUCAGCCAAAGGAUAUUUGGGACGGCUGUCGCAAAGGGACAACUUGAAAAUCAUCAAAAAUGCUCAAGUCACAAAACUAAAGUUCGAUGUAACUGGCAAGCGCAUAAAGUCCAUAGAUUUAAUUUUAAAUCAAAAACAGCAGUUAAGCGUUGCGGUGGGUCGGGAAGCAAUUCUAUCUGCCGGCAGCUUGAACACACCCAAGCUGUUGAUGCUUUCAGGCAUAGGCCCCAAGAAGGUUUUGAAGCCUUUGCUAAUUCCCUUAAUGCGAAAUUUACCAGUGGGCAAAAAUUUCCACGACCAUUUUGUGGCCUUGGCAUUUGUUGCAUUCAAUGAAGAGGCUGAUGCCAAACUGCUUCCCAAUAUGGUCUAUGACUAUUUGAUAAAUGGAAAAGGCCUUUUGGCAAGUGUGGGUGCUGCCCGUCUGGUGGGCCUCAUCAAUGUAAAUGAAAAUGGCAACGACACUCUGCCAAAUCUGGAAAUUCACCAUUUUUGCUUUAGGAGAGGCGAAAUCUUGGGUCUGAAUGCUGUUCUCACCCAAUUGUCUAUGAAGCCGCAGUUCAAAGAUUACUUGGUGAACAGUUUGAAUGACCACGGCAUAAUUAUUGUUGGCAUGUCUCUGUUACAACCCAAAUCGCGAGGAGUCAUCUCUUUAAAAUCCAAGUCAUACCAAGAUCCACCUGUAUUUAAGGCAAAUUAUUUGCAUGUAAAAGAAGAUAGUGAGACUUUGGUCAGAGGCCUACAAUAUGUGGAUCGUUUCGUGGCCACCCAAGCAUUACAAAACAAAUGGCAAAUGCAAAUAAUCCAUGUGCCUGUGCCAGAGUGCGACCAAUACGAAUUCAAGUCGCAGUCAUAUUGGCAAUGUCAUGUGAAGUACUUCACCAAUUCAUGCUAUCAUGCUGUGGGCACUGUUAAAAUGGGUUCUGCAAAUGAUGAAUCGGCUGUGGUGAAUUCUCGCCUGCUAGUAAAAGGUGUUGACAAUUUGCGUGUUAUAGAUGCCUCCGUAAUGCCUCAAAUCACCAGCACCAAUACCAAUGGACCAACUAUUAUGAUAGCCGAAAAGGGAGCGGAUAUAAUUAAAGAAGAUUGGUCACUGAAAGAGAAAAUGUGA